AUGAAACUUGAAGAGAUGAAAGCUGAAGGUAAUGUUUCCACAGUGAAGCAAUUUGUCCUACUGGGAUUCUCUGACCUUCCAAAUCUCCGAGGUUUCCUGUCUGGGGUGUUCUCCAUAGCUUACACAAUUAUUCUAAUUGGAAACAGCCUUAUCAUCAUCAUCACCAGGCUUGACCCGACACUGAAGAAACCCAUGUAUUUUUUUCUUGCCAAUUUUUCUUUCCUGGAAAUCUGUUAUGUAUCAGUUACUCUCCCUAGGAUUCUGUUGAACAUUUGGACACGGGAUAGAGCCAUGUCUCUGCUGCAGUGUGCCACCCAAAUGUGCUUCUUCCUUAUACUGGCAACCACUGAAAGUUUCCUCCUGGCGGUGAUGUCCUAUGACCGCUACGUGGCCAUCUGCCACCCUCUCCACUAUAUACUAAUCAUGAACCCAAAGAAGUGCAUUGAGCUGGCAGCUGGAGCCUGGCUCAUUGGCAUGCCUGUCCAGAUAGGGCAAACGUGUCAGAUAUUCUCUCUGCAUUUCUGUCGUUCUAAUCAAAUUGACCACUUCUUCUGUGACAUACCUCCCAUUAUCAAACUGGCCUGUGAGGACACCUUUUCACAUGAGCUGUCUGUCUUUGUGGUGUCUAUGUUGUUUGCAGCGGUCCCUUUUUCCUUGAUACUUGCUUCUUACAGUAAAAUCAUUUCCACCAUUCUGAGGAUGCCAACAGCCCAAGGAUGGGGUAAGGCCUUCUCUACCUGCUCUUCCCACCUGCUGGUGGUCGUUUUAUUUUAUGGAUCUGCAAUCAUUACCUACUUAAGGCCCAAAUCCAGUCAUUCUGUGGGAAUUGCCAGAUUGUUCUCUCUUUUCUACACCAUCGUGACCCCCAUGUUCAACCCACUGAUAUACAGCCUGAGGAACAAGGACAUGAUUGCUGCUCUGAGAAAAUUAUUCCUUAAAGCAUAG